UGAAGGAGCAAGAUCAGAAGAUGAGGCUUCGUGGCCUCGACGCCCAGAAAUCCAACAUCGCCGCUGGCGUCGCCGAAUCUCGUAUCCUACGCACUCCGCUUGGCCCUAAGGACAUGGACAAGAUGAAGCAGAGCCCUGCCGGCGACCUCAUCAUCACAAACGAUGGGGCAACAUUCUUGGAACACAUGCACGUGGACAAUCAGAUUGCAAAGGUGAUGGUGGCUAAUCAUUCAUAUGCAGGAGGUAGCGAUUACUUAGCUUCGAAGAUUAACGAAGACAAAGACAUUAUGCUUGGAAAGACCAAAGGCGGAGGCUCUGCCUUCUAACUCAUUGUUAUGUAUCAUUGCUUAAAUUUUGGAGAAUCAUGGUGAGAUGUGCACCAUGGAGAGAUUGGACAAAUAUUUGUGGAGAGAUGUGCUCCUUUAAGAGAAUGUUGGUGAUUAUGUGCA